AUGCUGGCGGCAGCGGCGGGGCCCGCUCCGGGCGCCUCGGAGCAGCGCGGCGGUGGAGGCCGCUUCAGCGUCCUGUCGUGGGAGCAGGUGCAGCGGCUGGACCAGAUCCUGGGGGAGGCCGUCCCCAUCCACGGCCGCGGCAACUUCCCCACGCUCUCGGUGCGGCCCCGCACCAUCGUCCAGGUUGUCCGUAGUCGCCUGGAGAAGAAAGGAAUCGCAGUCCAUAACGUAAGGUUGAAUGGCUCAGCAGCUAGUCACGUUCUGCAUCAAGACAGUGGCUUGGGGUACAAAGACCUAGAUCUCAUCUUCGGUGUAGAUCUGAAGACUGAAGAUGUCUUCCAGCUUGUUAAAGAUGUGGUCAUGGACUGCCUUCUUGACUUCCUCCCAGAAGGCGUCAACAAAGACAAGAUCACCCCCAUGACUCUGAAGGAGGCGUAUGUGCAGAAGCUUGUGAAGGUAUGCAACGAAACCGACCGCUGGAGCCUCAUAUCGCUCUCCAACAACAGCGGGAAGAACGUGGAACUCAAAUUCGUGGACUCUCUCAGACGGCAGUUCGAGUUCAGCGUGGACUCCUUCCAGAUCAUCCUGGAUUCGCUUCUGCUGUUUGGGGAGUGUUCAGAGAACCCCAUGGCUGAGAACUUCCACCCCACGGUCACUGGGGAGAGCAUGUACGGGGACUUUGAGGAGGCAAUGGACCAUCUCCGGAACAGGGUCAUCGCCACGAGGAACCCAGAGGAGAUCAGAGGUGGGGGGCUUCUGAAAUACUGCAACCUCUUGGUGAGGGGGUUUAAGCCCAAAUCGGAGGUGGAUAUGAAGGCCCUACAGAGAUACAUGUGCUCCAGGUUUUUCAUAGACUUCUCUGACAUCGGUGAGCAGCAGAGGAAGCUGGAGUGCUACCUUCAGAGCCACUUUGUUGGGAUGGAGAGCAAAAGAUAUGACUAUUUGAUGACCCUCCACAGGGUGGUCAAUGAGAGCACAGUCUGCCUUAUGGGACACGAAAGGAGGCAGACCCUGAACCUCAUUGCCAUGCUGGCUGUCAGAGUCCUGGCUGAGCAGAACAUCAUCCCCACGGUCACAAACGUUACCUGCUACUACCAGCCAGCUCCUUAUGUCAGUGAAAUAAACUUCAACUACUAUGUCACCCACGUGCAGCCCUUCCUGCCUUGCAAUCAGUCCUACCCAACGUGGCUUCCCUGUAACUGAGCCAGGACAAACUUCAGGGUCUGUCCU